AUGAGCGAUACACAACCACAGCCAAAGAUAUCCAUGGAGCAAAUGCAACAACAACAGAUGAAGCAGCAAGAGCAAGAUCAGAUGCGUCAGCAUAUCAUGCAACAAGUUAUGUUGCCCAACGCCCGCGAGCGUUUGGCUAGAAUAGCGAUUGUGAAGCCAGAGAAGGCUCGUGCGAUCGAGGACUUGGUGGCUCAGAUGGCGCAACGUGGUCAGCUGGCGGCCAAGAUCGACGAGGAUAAGCUCAUUGAGUUGCUCAAUCAGGUAGGCGUCAGUGAGGAGAACCAGCGCACAAAAGUUACGAUGAAACGACGGACGUACUUUGAUGACGACGAUGAAGAUGAUGAUGAUGACGACUUUUAA